ACAGCGGCUGCCUGUACAGUAAGAACCCAAUAUGGCAGCGGCGUUAGCAGUGGCAACAGCAGCAGGACCGGCCGCCCCGUAGACCCCCCCCCCUCACUGCGCGCCUCCGCGGCCGCUUCUUCGCUGAGUUGCUUCUCCGCUCCGACUUCCCCUUUCUCCCACCUUUCCCGGCACCGCGGGAAAAGCAGUGCAGGGCGCAGCAGGCAAGGGAAGGCAGCCGGAGCCGGGGCACGGAAGCCUCCCAGUCAGUUCAAGACCCGACAUGAGGGAAAAGGGCCGUAGGAAGAAGGGCAGGACCUGGGCGGAGGCCGCCAAAACGGUCUUAGAAAAAUAUCCCAAUACACCCAUGAGUCAUAAGGAAAUUCUUCAAGUUAUUCAGAGAGAAGGACUAAAGGAAAUCAGCGGGACUUCCCCUCUUGCAUGCUUAAAUGCCAUGCUGCACACAAACUCCCGAGGUGAAGAGGGCAUCUUCUAUAAAGUCCCAGGUAGAAUGGGAGUAUAUACUUUGAAGAAAGAUGUACCAGAUGGAGUGAAAGAGCUGUCAGAAGGUUCAGAAGAAAGCAGUGAUGGUCAGUCAGAUUCUCAGAGCUCUGAGAACAGCAGCAGCAGUGAUGGUGGCAGCAACAAAGAGGGGAGAAAGAGCAGGUGGAAGAGGAAAGUAUCGUCUAGACUGUCACAGCCAUCAUCUCCCCAAUCAGGCUGUCCAUCUCCCACCAUUCCAGCAAAUAAAGUCAUUUCUCCAUCACAGAAGCACAGCAAAAAGGCAUUAAAGCAGGCCCUAAAGCAGCAACAACAGAAGAAGCAGCAGCAGCAAUGCAGGCCAAGCAUGUCCAUCUCCAAUCAACACCUCUCUCUCAAGUCCGUCAAAGCAGCCAGUGACAGUCUACCUGCCAAACCUGCCCUAUGGGAAGGAAAGCAAUCCGAUGGACAGUCAAGCAUUCCCCAGAACUCAAACUCCAGCUUUUCUUCCUCAGUGAAAGUGGACAAUUCUCUUCUAGGAUUGGGGAAGAAGUCUUUCCAGAGGUCUGACAGACUCCACACAAGACAAAUGAAAAGGACUAAGUGUGCUGACAUUGAUGUUGAGACACCCGACUCCAUUCUGGUUAAUACUAAUCUUCGAGCGCUGAUUAACAAGCACACCUUUUCAGUUCUCCCUGGAGACUGCCAACAGCGCCUGCUUUUACUGCUUCCAGAGGUGGAUCGACAGGUUGGUUCAGAUGGAUUGAUGAAAUUGAAUGGCUCAGCCCUUAACAAUGAGUUCUUCACUUCUGCUGCUCAAGGCUGGAAGGAAAGGCUGUCAGAAGGUGAAUUUACCCCUGAAAUGCAGGUAAGAAUUCGGCAAGAGAUUGAGAAGGAGAAGAAAGUAGAGCCAUGGAAGGAGCAAUUCUUUGAAAGCUACUAUGGUCAGAGUUCUGGCUUAAGCCUUGAAGAUUCACAGAAAUUGACAGCUUCCCCAAGUGAUUCCAAAAUAAAGAAAACCCCACCUGAACAACCAAAAUCCAUAUUUCCUUCAGAGUCCUCUCCUGUCAGAAUCAUCCCAGUAGUUCCCCAGUCAGAGUGUAAAAAAGAAGCAGUGCAAAUGCCAUCACCAUUCAGAAAAGAAGAAAGCCAAGAGGAGGCACAGCCAAUUUCUGAAUCCCCAGAACCCAUCCCUGCCACAGCCAAUUGUACAAGUGAGCUUAUCACCAUGAAGUCUGUCAAGUGCCCUAAGGAUGAAGAGCUCUUAGAGCAGAAGCCAGUUGUCUGUGCUGAACAAGAGUCUGAGAAAGAAAAUCAAGUCACCGAGACUUCUAACUGUAACAAAGGUGAGAACCAAGAAGUGUCAGCUACCUCCCCAAGCAAAUCCAAGAGUUCUGGGUUAGAGAAAGUCGUAACAAAGCCUGUUGUAGAAGCAGGUCCACUGGACCAUGAUGCGAGGAUGCCUCCUGCAACUCUUACUGAUCAGACCCCAGAAAGUCUCAAAAGGAAAUCUUCUCUUAUCCAAGAAGACACUGCCAGCAGCUGGGAGAAAAGACCACGUAUCACUGAGAAUCAUCAGCACCAGCAGCCAUUUCAGGUCUCACAACAGCCCUUUCUUAAUAGAGGGGACAGGGUCCAAGUGCGAAAAGUACCACCUCUCAAGAUCCCGGUCUCCAGAAUCUCCCCGAUGCUGUUUUCUACAUCGCAGGUCUCUCCCAGGGCUCGUUUUCCAAUCUCCAUCACUAGUCCUUACAGAACAGGAGCCAGAACUCUGGCAGACAUCAAAGCAAAAGCCCAAUUGGUCAAAGCACAAAGGGCAGCAGCCGCUGCAGCCGCUGCAGCUGCUGCAGCCGCCUCAGUUGGAGGGACCAUUCCAGGACCUGGCCCUGGGGGUGGACACAGUCCAACAGAGGGUGGAGAAAGAAAAACUGCUAGAGGAGGGAGUCCAGGCUCAGACAGCGUCAGUACAACUGGAAAGGGUCCCACACUGGAACUGGCAGGAACUGGAAGCAGGGGAGGUACGAGAGAGCUUUUACCCUGUGGUCCGCAACUUGAGACCAAUAUACCAGGCCAAGCACAGCCUCCUGGUGUCUUUGGAGCACAACUACAGCAAACCUCCUCAGUGCCUACAGCACUUGCCAUCAGUAGAACAUGCACAAACAUCCCAUUACCAGCCCACAUAGAAAAAUCAAACAGUGAAAAACUGAACCCCCCCAAGGCAACAGCCUCAACACCCUCUCCUUGCCACCCUCAAGACCCCAGUAGUUGCAGACAGGAGAAAGCUUCUUGUUCAGAAGGGCCUGCUCUGAUGUCAAGAGCUUCACCUGUUUGUUUUGUAGUUGAUGGCACACUUGAGCCCAAAGCAGGCUCUAACAAGAAUGCACCAAAGCCUUCAGUUUCAUCAAAGGUAGCUGCUUCUGCUCGACUGGAUAUGACUUCCCCCCCUUUAACAUCCUUACUGACAACAGCCAGUUUAGAAAAACUCUCUGUGCCCCAGGUCAGUGGAACUGCACCAUCUACUGGAUCAGCUUCAUCCUCAAGCACUUUGCCAGCAACUUCUAGCCUUAAAACCCCAGGAGCUUCUGCAAAUAUGAAUGGACCCGUUUCAAGACCAAGUUCUAGUAUCCCUGCUAAUAACCCUUUAGUUACUCAGCUUCUCCAGGGCAAAGAUGUUCCCAUGGAGCAAAUUCUGCCUAAACCUCUCACCAAAGUUGAAAUGAAAACAGUCCCACUGACUACAAAAGAGGAGAAGGGGAUAGGAGCAUUCCCUGGUACCAGUGUAAUGGAAAGUAGCACCAGAGAGGAAGUUAAUGGCAGGCAAGCCUAUCUGGCCAUCCAGCAGCUGGGGAAACCCUUGCAGAGUAAGCAGCUUCCCCAGGUCCCAAGGCCAGUUUUCGAAGCGAAAGACCCGAGGGACUCUGGCAUUGACACUCACCAAUACCCCGAAGGACUAAGUAAAACAACUCAAGAUCAGCUUUUCCAGACUCUUAUCCAGAGGGCUCAGAGACAAAGUGUUCUUUCAUUUGUGCCACCCUCUCAGUUCAACUUUGCUCACUCAGGUUUCCAGUUGGAAGAUGCAACCACAAGCCAGAAAUUCAUGCUGGGCUUUGCUGGCAGAAGGACAUCCAAGCCUGCAAUGGCAGGUCAUUAUUUACUUAAUAUUUCUACCUAUGGUCGGGGUUCAGAGAGCGUUAGGAGGACCCAUUCUGUAAAUCUGGAGGAGCGAUUUUGUCGAAGUAGCCCUACUGAAGACUUGAGAAUGGGUUAUGCAGAUUGUAAAAACACAGCUGGAGACAGCAGCAGCAGCAAAGAAGAUGAAACUGAUGAAGAGAGUGUCGGUGAUGAGCAGGAGCCUGUGUCAGUGAAGGAGGAGCCCUGGGCUUCUCAGAAUUCUGGCAAGCAUCCCCACAGUGGGGAAACUCCAUCCACCAAUGAUUGUUUAGCUAGCAAGAAUGGUAAGGCUGAGACACCCAUGAAUGAGCAAACCACUCUUGGCAAGGAGAAUUACAUAUUCUCUAGAGGCCAAACAUUUGAUGAAAAGACCUUAGCAAGAGAUUUUAUUCAAGCAGCACAUAAACAAAUGGCUCACGCUGUGAGAGGUAAGACAGUAUGUAGCAGCCCCGAGCUUUUCAAUUCUACUGCUCUUUCUCUCCCUGCAGACAGUCCCACGAAUCAACCUCUACUCCUUCCACCACUGCAAACCCCCAAAUUGUAUGGAAGUCCCACACAGAUAGGGCCAAGUUACAGAGGCAUGAUCAAUGUCUCCACCUCAUCAGACAUGGACCAUAGCUCUGCUGUACCAGGUAGCCAGGUAUCUAGCAAUGUAGGGGAUGUGAUGUCAUUUUCAGUGACUGUCACUACCAUCCCUGCUAGCCAAGCAAUGAACCCCAGCAGCCAUGGCCAGACAGUUCCUGUUCAGGCCUUUCCUGAUGAGAACAGCAUUGAGGACACACCCUCAAAAUGUUACUGCCGGUUGAAAGCCAUGAUCAUGUGCAAAGGCUGUGGAGCUUUCUGUCAUGACGAUUGCAUUGGCCCCUCCAAACUGUGCGUCUCCUGCCUCGUCGUUCGGUGAUAAGACUACAAGUAUGUAAAGGAGGGAAGGGUAGGUGUAACCAGAUGUGUUCUUGCACCCUUUGAAAUCACAGAAAUAAAGUUUCAGUUGUCUCGAGAGACGUUAAUCAGGAAUGCAGAAUGCAGGUCUUCACAUUUACAGGAAGAGCACCUUGUAUAGUAAGUCUGAGUCAAGUAGGUCUAUGAAUUGGUGACAAGUUUGCACUUAAAAAUCAUGUAAAUAUGUCACAUUUUGUUUUAGCAUUGUUUUCCAAGUAUUUAGGUAAUGAUGUGUUAACUUUACAUUCAGAUUUAUGUUCCAUUUCUUUUUGGCUCUGAAAAUAGUUGUGUGGUAUGAAAGGAAGUUGUUUGCCUCUGACCUUUCCCAGACUGAGGAAAAGGAAAGAGUGGUCAGGAAAUGAGUGACCAUCAUGCUGAUUUUGUCUUCACAGACUGGAUGCAGGUCCUUCACAAAUAGCAUGCUUUUGUGGGAUUUAGAUUUGCGGUUUACUCAUUCCUCUCCUUUAGGUGGAACCAUUCUAAGUGGAAUUUUUAAAAAAGAAAAUCACAUCUCAGUGUUUUUGAUCCUGACAGUCUUGACUUAGCUUUUGGCUUCCAUGAAUCAGUACUGUUAUCAAGCCUAGCUCUGCUGUUGCCUUGACAGUGAAUGCCAUUUAAGAAGGGUCUGCUUCUAAGGGACUCCUGUAGUCAGUCUAGUCUUUGCAUGGCAUUAGUUCCAUCAAUAAUACAUCCUGACACUGCAUCGUUCAUGGGUUCCCGCAAAUAGGUCUGAAAUACCAGUGUAAAAUAAAAUGCACAAACACAUUAGUGUGUGUGUGUGUGUGUGUGUGUGUGUGUGUGUGUGUGUGUGUGUGAAGUGUCUUGCUGGCAAAGGGGAAUGAAACUGAAGAAACAAACUUAGCUUGAGGAAUUUGGAAAAGUGAUUUUUAGCACUGGACAUAAAGUAUUUUCUUUUCCUAUUCUCUCUUAAACCAUUUCGGGUAGAAAUGCUCUUUGGUGGGACCUCUUUUCUGCUUUGACAUCCAGGCAUGAGAGAUGGGUGCAGUGAUCUUAUGUCGUUUUACAUGUUUACAUCCACACACACAGAAAGUAGACAGUUGGCUGUUUUAGAAGUGAGUCUGCUAGUCUAGGAUACCUGAUGUAAAAGGGCAUUAUGAGUGACUAAUCAAAAAGCUGGCUGUGAAAUUUUACAGUUUUUCUUUCCUUUUGAUUAUUAUUCUUAAAAUCCUUCUCCCAACACUCUGGAGGCAGAUGCAGGCUGAUCUCUGAUUUCCAAGGCCAGCUUGGUCUUUAUGAUAAGUUUCAGGACAGCCAGGGCUAUAUAAAGAAACCUGUCUCCAAAUCCUAGAUAAAUUUUAAAAAGUCUGUUUAUAAAGCAAAACAAAGCAAGUACAAAAAGGUUUUCAAGGUGGUAGACCUGUUGACACACACAUAAAAUCGCAGCACUUGGGAGGCAGAGUCAAGCAGAUCUCAGAGAGUUCAAGGCUAGUCUGGUCUACAUAGCAAGUUCCAGGGUACACAGUGAGACACUGUCUUUAAAACAAAUACAAAGAAGUAGUGACAGAUUUUAAGCAAAUACUAAAGUCACAGUUAAAGACAGAUAAGGAAAACAUCAGUUCACCAGAAUUUAGUAUCAAAUACCCAGUGUGUAUUGUUUGAUUUCAAGUCUCCUAAUUUGAAGUAAUAUUGCAGCCCAGUACAGGUGGGUUUCAAAAGCUAUUCAUAAACUCAGGGCAGUUUAACCCUGUUAAUUACAUCACAGGUAAGGAGACAAUACUGUGCUUUGCCUGCCUUGUCCUCAUCCCUGGCCAUCCAACUUCUUACAUCCUAUGCAUGUGCUUCCUCAGUCCUUGCUCCAAACUCUGAAACUCAUGUUUCAUUUUUCUUUCCUGCUCUUGUGGCCCUAAACAUUACAGGCUUAAAUUCUGUGUUUCAGAACCAGUGAAGACAGAAUAAUGUCUUUCCAUCUUGCCUUUAUUCCAGUAAUAAAGGCACAGCUAAGAGAAAAGAAAGGCCGUAAGAUUUGGGGUUAAGGUCGGUGUGUGUUCUGAAGUAAAGGACCAGUAGGAAAUAGAAGCCAGGGUUCUGCUCCCAAACCUUCAGGACCUUGGGUAGUCCCCAUGGGACCAUGGAAGACCCAUAUCUGAGUAGUCUCCUUGUCUAGCCUGCUGGAAGAGGGUGAGUGAUGCAGAAUGAACCUGGUGCUGGCAGUGGCUAGUCUGUAUUGUGGAAAGUAAUUUAGAAAAGUUUUGCUCUAUGGUUCUGUUAAUGUAAAAAUGGGUGGACAUUAGGGACUGUCAGAUCCAUUUAAAGAGGAAACCAGCUAGUUUACAUCUUAUUAUUCCAAAAGCAGAACCUGCCAGCUAGGUACAUUGCCUCAGACUGACAAGAAACAGGUAUGAAUCUAUUUAAAUGGUUUCAGAUAGAAUAGGAACGUUCAUCUUAUAAAAGAACAGGGGAAAAAAUUGGCCCUGUAAGUUGAAUAGGUACGCCAGUACCUAUUAACACAUUUUUUUUUUAUCAUAACUUUUUAGCUGUUUUACCUUUAAAUUAACUCUGAAAUGGUUCAAUAAGUGUUAAGUUUAUUCUUUGGGCUCUAGGUGGCAAUUUCCAGUGUGGUUUUAAAUAUCAUUUCUGAUCCAACAUGCCAGUGUGUCCCCUCCAGCCUUCACUGAAGUUACUUCAGCAAGAGUUCUCUGGGAGAAUAUUAAUGACAUGUCAUCUCAGGAUACUUUUUAAGUGUUCUGAGUUGCCUAAGUAGCACACUCCCUGAAUUAUACAGUUUUUUUUUUAAUUUUUAAUCAAAAUUCUUUAUCCUAUUAACUUAAGGAUGGGGACACAAAAAACCUGGAGUUGUUUGCCCUGCUUCAAUUCCUUAACCCCUGUGCUCAAGACACAGUGUUCCACGUAGCAUUUCUUAAGAGUAAAAACUGGCUUUUGUUGAGGAGUGAAGGCUGUACUUCCCUGGGUGUAGAGAUGUGGAUAUUUGAGAGCCUGUUUCAAAUGUAGAUUAACAGCCAAAAGAAGACCUCACUGGCUUCCAGGUGAAGGUGAAGUGUCCUGUGUAUAACAGGCCCAUCAGUUACCAUUCUAAUUGCUCUAUACUGCCUUCCUCCACUUUAGAAAAUCUUAAUGAGCUCUUUGGUUAAAUGGGUUGUUGGAAUGAGGGACUUCACUUCCUUUGGUCAUUAUACUGCUAUUUGUUUUAGAGCUCUUUGCUAAUGAGCAUUGUCAGCUAUUUUCUCUCUGACUGCACAUCAUAACAAAGAGAAGGAAGCUUCCAGUUUCAUCACAACAGUAUGUGCUAAGUAGAAAACUUGGCCAUGGGUAGUUUGUACUCAAUUUAUAGAACAGUCCAAAGAGACUUUGUGAAACAUGAUGACAGGCAGGGACCUUUUCCUAUGUGUUUCAAUACCUACAUACCUAUUGAACAGAACAGUAGGUAGACAUUUCCUAAAGUUGAAGCAAUAGCUUCAUAGAGUCUUGGUUACUUUAUUUUUUUUAAUGAUUUACAUUUGAUACAACUAUUAAAGAUCAAUUUUAAAAUAGCUUUCCAGUAAUAUAUUUUAAGUAAUAUAUAUUUUAAUAUCUAUGUAAAAAGUGACAGUGGAAGACUGAAUUUCUCAUAUAUGGUAUGUUUAAUGUAGGAUCUCACUGUUAAGGCACAAAUUAUUUCAAAGGAGUUACUCUAAAAACACUCAGAUUAUCCCCCCCCAAAAAAAAAAAAAGAAAGGAAAAAAUGCAAUAAGGGGAGUGACUUGGGGGCUUUAUUUUUAUUUUUAAAGAAAAUUGACUUAUUUACCACAAGCUAUUUUUCCUUCUCUGGUGAUAAGGUUUGUACAGACUGGUUUGGUAAAUUCUAAAUUUUUGUGUCUUUUGCCUUUUUAAAGGGAUUGUUAACAUUGGAAUUGAGGGUAUGUACAGAGAAGUUGGUGUCGACGCCAUUUAAUAAGUCAUAUUUUUUCACAAAUAAGGAAAAUCAUUUUAAUAAGAAUUUUAAGUAUUUGCAAUAAAUAUAUGUAUAUAGAUUGUAUGUAUUCAUAUAUUAUUUUUCAUUUUAUUAUUAAGUAAAAGAUAAUUAAAAGUGAAAUUUAAAA